UUGGAGUUACGCACAAAGCUACAGCAUUAUUCAGCAUGCGCUCUUUCAGGUGUAGGAACAGAUGAACACGCCUACCUGCGGCUCAGGUGGGACUCAGGGGGCGUGGCUUCAGACUAGACUCCAAACCAAACCUGACCUGUUUUCAGAAGACUCUCUGCAUCCCGUCAUCUCAACGCUACCCAAACUCAGCCUUCAGAGGAUUCUUCUCUCCAGCAGCUGUCAGCAUGCCUGAGACCGCAGAGUCCCACUCGGCCAGCCUCACCACCAACAGGAACUGCACCAUGGAGAUCACCAACGUCAGCGCCGUCUACUGCCUCGUCAACCCCAAGAUCUACAUGGAGAGCGGCUUCCCCUACAGCCCCCCGCAGCCCACCAUUCGCACCACCAAGACGGAGCUCUGCUCCUUCACCAAGGACGACAACACGGCCACGGGGGCCGUGGGGGUCCUGACCUACGACCUGUUCAACAUGCAGAGCCGGCAGUGCACCGAGCUGAUGGCCGUCAUGUUCUCGGUGCCGUUCGACCACAACUUCUACAAGAACUGUCUGGGCGUGGGGAUCUUUGAGCACGCGCGCGCCUGCGACAAGAAGCUCUUCAACCUCAUGUACGGCGACAAGGACUUCACCAGCUUCGUGCGUCACGAGGCCAACGGCUCCGGGGUGAUCUUCAAGGGCCGGUACCUGGACGUGAGGGCCACCAUGUCCGACGAGGGCAAGGCCAUCGUUAAACUGGAGCUGUACGACAAACUGGGCAGAUGAACUGUUCGUAACAACAGCUUUCAUCAUCGCAGGUUUGAAUCAAUAAAAAAACUAUUAAAACCA